AUGUCAGGAGCGCGCAGCCAUCCUCGCGGCCCGUCGGUGAGAUCGGAUGGGCCUCGGACUCCGGCGGUGACGCGCUCCUCCGCCGGAGAAAACAGUCUGGAGCGCACAGGCACGGAUGACAACGCCCCAUCCGGGGCUGCUGGCGAACCGAUUCGGACAAUUUACGACUACCCCUGGACCCCAUGCAUGUACCAGCUCUGCACGAAUUUCUUCACCAGGGCCAGGGAUUUGGUGGAUCACCACAAGGGGCGGCACCCGGCGACGGAGCUGAGGAUUCGGUGUCGGAAGUGUGGUGGUGACCGUUUCACAGGUUGGAACGGCAUCACCAUACAUUACUCCAAGUGCAGAGGUCCAUCGGCUGCACCACCGUCCCCACAUUGCUGCCCGGAGUGUGAACGGAGAUUCACCACUAAGUCCGGUCUCACCAUUCACGGGAACUCCUCCCAUCCGGAGAGGCGCAAUGUGGAGAGGCUCGCCGCACGGGAACCCCCGCCCCCCGCUCCGAGGGCGCCGUGGACCGCCGACGAGAAUGCGGUGCUCUGUAGGCGAUAUCACACCUUUCGCCGAGGCGGCCGUGUUCAGGGGUACGGCGUCUAUAUCGCCGAGGGGCUCCCCGGCCGGACCGAUAAGCAAGUUCGGGACCGGGUGAGGACGCUCCUGAAGCACGGCCGGCUUCCCGUUCCAGACUCGUCGGGGGAAAGCGGCGAGGAUUCCGACCUCGGGGCGGGUGGUCGAGCCCCAAUCCCUGGACCCUCCCACCAUGCUGGGGCGCAGGGGCACCGAGCACCGGAGUCAUCUAACUCCGGUGCUUCGGAUAAUGACGACGACAACUUACCUGACUGUGACCUACCUGACGAGACACCGGAUAUGACUGCUUUACCUGACGAUGACCCACCUGAUGAUGACGAACCACCUGACGACGACCCACCUGAAACAAGACAAAACCUGGAUGAGACAUCGGAUGUGACACCGGAUUUGACACCCAGGACGAAGACACCACCUAUAGAGACACCACCGGCUGAGACACCACUAACACCGACAACACGAUCGCCACUUACCUCGGAGGCGCCGGAUGCGGCUGCGGCGGACGUCGAUGGGUCUCCAGUGUUUCGUGCACCAGCUCCGGUUCCGGGCGGAUCUCCCCCCGGGGACCCUCCUCCCGAUGACCCCCCACCGGAGGACCCGGAUGGGGGGACGGAUGACCCGCAUGAUGCUGUGUGGACCGCCGUUCUCGCCCACCUGCAUCAGAUUACACCUGUGUGUGAAAUUGGGCGCCGCCUACAACAGCUUGCGGCGGUGGAGGGGGACAUCGGCGAGGAGCUUAACAACUUGGUGGUGGAGCUCCAUCGGGCGUUCGUCGCGGCGGCACCGGAUGAAGAUAGGCGCAGGUCCGGACGCAGUAAUCUAACAGCUAGGGAUGAGCGUACAAGAAGACGCAUCACCCGUUACGCGCGUACCCAAGAGCUCUGGAAGAGGACCCCGUCCCGACUCGCCGAGAUGGUCCUUAAGGAUAACCUCGGGGACCUGUCAUCGAACGAGCCGAGGGCGGAGCCACCCCGAGAGGCGACCAUCGACCUCUACCGGAGUCUCUGGGGUACAGCCAGCGACUGCGUUCCGGACCUGCAGGAGAAGGACCCGAGGCGUGAUGGUGAUGUUAAUCCUUUUACAUCCGUGGAGGUCCUCAAGGGGAUCAAGCGGCUGAAACCGGGGGGUGCCCCUGGACUGGACGGUGUCACAAAGCGGGGAAUUACCAACUACCCUCAGGCGGCCGGCACUUUGGCCGUCCUGUUUAACAUCGUCCUGUUCCGGGGGGCCUACCCGGCCGCGUGGCAGCAAAACAGGACCACCCUGAUCCCCAAGAGGGGUAAAGACCUCCACUGCGCCGCAAACUGGCGCCCUAUCACCAUCGCGCCGCUGGCUGCUCGCAUAUUUAGCUCGGCGGUUGAGAGGCGGAUCCUGGGGCAGGUGACCUUAGCCGAGAGGCAGCGAGGGUUUCGGCCCGGCAACGGCUGCCAUAUGAACUGCCUGCUCCUGGAUCAGGCCGUGAGGCUGGGGAAGAGAAUUCGUCUCGUCGGCGUGCUGCUGGAUGUUUCCAAGGCCUUCGACACCGUGUCACACGUGGCGAUACAGCGCGUGUUGCGUAGCCACGGCGUGUCGCGUUGUCUGUCUGACAUCAUGGGCCGGAUGUACGCCGGCGGGACUACCACCUUGGGUACCCUCGGGAGCGGGAGCCACGGGUUCACUAUCGGGCGGGAGAGGCUGGCUGCUACCGCCUAUGCGGACGACGUUACCCUGCUUGCCGACUCCAUGGAUGGGAUGCGAGAGAUGCUCGCCACCACCUCAGAGUAUCUCGCAUCCGUGGGUCUGGAGCUGUCUGCUGCGAAGUCUGGGGGGUUCUGCGUGGAACGCUCCGGUGAUGCCUGGGUAUCCGUGCCAUUGCGGCUCUGCAUCCAGGGUCAGCCGGUUAGGACCUUUGGCGUUGCAGAACCCUUCCAGUACCUGGGACUCACCUUUACGAUCCAGCAUGGUCUCAGGAACCGACAGCAUCUGGACUCACUCCUGGAGGCGGCGAGCAGGGUGCGCCGUCUGUCGCUGAAGCCCCAGCAGAAGGUACAGCUGCUGAUGCAGUACAUCGUGCCCACCUUCGCCCACCGGUUAACCAUCGACCUCCCAUCGUCCGUUGAUCUGGACCGCGUCGAUACGGCGCUGUGGAAAGAGGUCAAGGACAUCCUCCACCUGUUGGACUGCACCACGGACGGCGUGCUGUACUCCCGUAAGCGGGACGGGGGGCUUGGCUUCCCCCGUCUCGGGGUGCAGCUUAAGAUAUGUGCGCUGCGGGCAUGUCUUGGCAUGCUGUCCACGGGGGAUGCCCUGAUCUCUGAGAUGUCGCGGGAGGCCGAUUGA